AUGCCGUCAGGUCGCCGGCGAUGGCAAAUCAUCUAUGAAAAGCCAUGUGAAAAUGAUUCGAAUGGUUUGUACUACUCAUACUACAAGACAAUAAUCAAUGCUCCAUCGUUCUACAGUGGUCUACAACAAAUAACCAAUGACAAUGUGACGGAAUACGGUCACACCAUCAACACGUUGAAACGAUUCAAUCUCUACCCAGAGGUAAGCUAUGGUCAUGCUGAAAGAGCGGCGAUGAUAAAUUGA